AUGCAGUUCACUAUCUCCGCCGCUGCCCUCAUGGCUUUCGCCGCUCAGGCCCUCGCCCAGGUCGCUGACUUCGACCCCGUCCUCACCCCCACCAACUGGGAGGAGGUUGCCGCUGGCAAGACCCUCGAGAUCACCUGGCAGGCUAAGCCCAAGUACUCCGGCGAGAAGAUCUCCAUCUCUCUGAUCGGUGGUGCUACCCAGAACACCCAGGUCCCCAUCAAGACCAUCGCCACUGGUGUUGACAACGACGCUGCCUCCUACAGCUGGACCAUCGACUCUUCCGUCGGUACCGAGAACGUCUACGGUCUCGUCCUCAAGCUCGAGAGCAACCCCGAGGUUUUCCAGUACUCUUUCCCCUUCAAGAUCGAGGGUGGCAAGCAGGACGACAAGCCCACUGAGAAGCCUUCCGCUACCAAGGCCGACUACGAGCUCCCUACUGCUCCCGCUUCCACCAAGGCCCCCGUUCCUCACUACCCCGGCCCUGAGACCACCAUUGUUGCUGUUCACGAGACCGUCACCGUCCCUUGCAACACCACCACUGCUGGUUCUCCCACCACCUUCGUCCCUGUCAUCAAGACUCACUACCCUGCUCCUCCCGCUCCCCCUGCCCACAACAACGGCACUGCUCCCUCCGUCCCCGCUGGCCAGCCCCCUGUCUACACCGCUCCUGCCCAGCCUCCCGUUGUCCCUACCCAGCCCGCUGGUCAGCCUCCCGUUUACGGCCAGCCCACCCCUACCCCCGUCCCCGUCUCUGGUGCUGCCCGCUUCGGCGCUCCCAUUGCCGUUGUCGCUGGUCUCGUCAUGGCCGCUUUCGCUCUGUAA